AUGAAAACGACGCGAACGUCUUCUUCAAAUGUAACUUCUAUGAAAAAGAAUGCUGCAGUUGUUACUGAAGAGUAUUGGCUCUGGUCGGCCGUUACUGCAUUCAACGAUAUUGACCAAGAGUUAUUGAGUUUAAAUGAAUUCCGUAGCUUUACACCGUGUGGAGGUGUUUGCUUUGGUCUAAAAAAGAAAGCCGAUGAUCAAUACAGUAUUCGAACUGAUGUAAAAGGAUUAGUAUAUUGUUUUCUACCAACAAGCAUGGAGUCAAAUUUACCAUUCCAUAUGAACGGAUGUUUUGCCCUAUACACCGAUCGUCGUCGUCUGUUACAGAAGUUUAUCGACGAUCGAAACAAGCGACAAUUCGAAUGGAAUGACCUUGUUUUGAAAGCCGUUUGUAAAGCACUUUUAUUUGGUUUAGAAAGUGCAUUAAAUGUAUGUGGUCCACAUUCAUUUGAAACAUUAACAGAAUUUUGGCCAGUCCCAAUCAGAUCGCCAUCACUUAAAGCCUUAGAAACAAGUUUUUUGUCUUCGAUUACUGAUCCAUUGAAAAGUUAUGCAAUAUUCAGUGAUGGCAAACAAGUGGGCUGUUUCCAACAAUGCUGGAUUUUGCAUAUCGAUUUUCCAAAAACAAUUCAACAGCUUUUAUUGGACGAACUUCGUUUGAACUUGCUGCACGUGUUACAGAAUAAUAGUGAGAAAUCAUUACUUUUAAUUUUACCAAUGGCCAUUCUAAACGCCAUUAAAGAAAGAGAAGCCAAUGCAAUUAAGGAAAGAGUGUGGAAUGAAGAAAUGUCUGUCCAAAAGCUAUUGACAGUUGUACAACAAUGUAAUCAAAAUGUGUUGGACAAAAUUAUGAUUUAUCUUAUAACAGAAAAAGCUGUUGAUCAAAUGACCACCAUACCAACAAAAAUCGGUGACUUAAUAAAAAAAAGUGUCUGCAUACGUUCGUCUUCAGGUUUAUUCAAAAUUCCAUCAUCAUUAAUUGAUCCCAGUGCAUCAUUGGCUAAACUUUACGACCUUAGUCAACUGCAUGAGUCACUUCCACAUUCGGUUUAUUGUGAACCAGCAGUUGUUGAAAAGUUACGUCACUUAGGAUUGAUUAAACAAUUCUUACCGAUGUCAUAUAUUGUCGAACGUGCAAAAACUGUCGAAAGCUUCAAUGAGAAUGAAUAUGAAAAAGCUAAGGAGCGCAGCAAAUUACUGUUGCAAUGUUUAGCUCAAUUGCUACAAAAACCAAAAGGAAGUGAAGGCAUUGAAAAAUUAUUAGAUAUCAAGUUCAUACCAGCCAAACAAAAGCCAUUGUUAUACAAAAUGCAAUGGUAUGGAACGGAUAAGGGCCGAUUUUGUGCACCUAUUGAUAAAAUAUAUAACGAUACUUAUGAAUAUCUUUGUGGUGGUGUUCAUUUGUUAUAUGAAAAUGAAUUAAUUAGUGAUAAAGUAUGUGAUAAAGUAUGUGAAAAACUUCAGUUAAAAAGCCCCAUACCCGUUGAAUCUCUAAUCGAACAAAUGCGUAUAUUAGAAAAUGAAUGGUCAAAAAGAGAAAUUUCACCAUCAUCAAGUAAUAUUGUUGUCAUUGGUCAAUUUACAUCUGAUGUUGUCAACUGUCUUUACAAAACCCUGCAAGAAAGAACAAAGGACGAUAACGUAUUACAAAAAGUCAGAGCAUUAAUACCACCAAAAUGGCUUUUCAUUGAUGGACACUUCUAUAGUGUGAACGAUGUUGCUAAAUAUGUUCAAUAUCCAUGUCCCUCUUCCUAUGUUCAGUUACCAAAAAUGUAUCUGGAGUACACAUUUUUCGAUAAAUUAGGGCUUAACAAAUACUUUACACAUGAAUAUUUUAUUACUUCCUUAAAAAUACUGAAAGAGAAAUACAAUGAUCAGCCAUUGUCACCAACAGAUGUAGAUUGUGCGAUUAAAAUGACAUUAGAAUUAUAUGCAGUUUUGAAAGAAAAAAAAGAAAGUUUUGCUAAAACUCAAGAUAUUUAUUUACCAGAUACUAAUUAUAUAUUGAGAUCAACGGAACAUUUGUGCUUUAAUAUUGAUGAUGAAAGUGUACAAGAUAUGUUUGAAAGUGAUAUUACAACGUUGCAUAAAGAUAUACCAGUGAAUAUUGCAAAUAUAUUAGGUGUAAGACUGUUACAACAAAAGGUGAUUGAAGAUCUGUCUAUUGGCAUUCCAUUUGGUCAACAUGAAAAAUUAACAACAAGAAUUCAACAUUUACUUGAAUCAUAUCCACAAGAUAAAGAUAUUCUAAAAGAAUUAUUACAGAAUGCAGAUGAUGCUGGCGCCACGACAGUCCAUUUUAUUUAUGAUCCACGUCAUCAUUCAACAGAAAGAAUUUUUACACCAAAAAGGAAUGUGAAAAACGUGGAUGUAACUCAAAACUAUGCACCAGUUCAAGGUCCUGCUUUAUUAUGUUAUAAUAACAGUCAAUUCUCAGAAGCUGAUUUCGAAGGUAAAAUUUUCUUUCAUCCCUUUUUU